AUGGAAAAGUAUCACUCCGUUCAUGAGGAAGACAUUUCCAGCUUCGACCUACCGUCAACUCAUCGAUUACCCACUGUGUCCGCCGCGGAGGCACUGGAAGAUCUAGACGGCAGUGUCGGCAGGCACAUCUCCACAGGUAUCGGCCGGCUAGACGAGACGCUCGUCUAUGCUUUCUCUCGCCGGGAUCCUGGCUCAGCGCGCGGGGGUCUUCAAAGAGGUCAGGUCUCUGAGAUAUGGGGCCCACCAGGCUCAGGCAAGACGGCUCUAGGCAUCCAACUUGUCGCCAGUGCGUUGUGUGAUGGGCAUGUUGCCGUGUGGGUAGACUGCGCGUAUUCUGUCUGCGGCCAGCGACUCAAUGCCGUGAUCGAGGCAGUGGAACAGGCUCGAUCAUCUACGGACGAUGGACCGGCAAAGCCAUCCAGCGAUAACCUCGCUCACUACAGCUGCCCAAGCUUACCUCACCUGGUUGCACUGCUAUGUCGUCCGACAGCCGCAACGUUGCCAGCGAAGACGGCUCUGGUCAUCAUAGACUCGUUGUCAGCUCUAGUGAACUACGCUUUUCCCAAGGCAUCCGACGGUCGGAGAGGACCGCCUCAGGGCAAAGGACCGGGAUUAUCAGCGAAGCGGCUGCAAGCCCUGCAGUACAUCACCAGCGCACUGCAGAAAUUAGCGGCAACGCGAGACUGCGCAGUGGUUGUGUUGUCGCAGUGCGCAACGAGAAUGCAAUUGGAGCGAAGCGCCACUUUGAUCCCAUCCAUUAAUGCUGGCAUUUGGGAGCAGGGGAUGUCGACACGAGUAGUGCUAUUUAGAGACUGGGUGUGGAAGGACGGGCGGCCGUCGACCGUAUCUUUCGCCGGAGUGCAGAAGCUAAACGGUAAGGCUGGGCCCGACAUGAUGCAGAAUGCUGCGGCGUUUAGAGUGGAAGCGACGGGCGUGGUUGGCGUGCAUUACGACAUUAGCCAGCCAUCGGUGCUGGUGUCGAGUGCUCCACGCGCGAAACGCAAGCUGGUAGAGGCCGGUCUCGAAGUGCCAGACAGCGAAGAAGAGGACGAUGAGGAAUAUGGGUGGGUUCAGGAAGACGACGCAGCACUCCCCGGCCCGCCGCCACAAUGGCAAGGCAGCGAAGACCUCCUCCUAGGGACGCAAGCCGCCGAAAGCGAAGAUGGCAGCGACGGGGACGGGAACGGCGACGGCGACGGCGAGGACGGCGACAAUGAUGACACGGGCGACAAGGCAGAAGUGGAGGGGACAGCGAUUAGCGGCCGAGAUAGCGACGAAGUUGCAGAGUAGGCAAAGGCAGACCUGCAGGGCCCAAUGGAAUACUUGCGGCAAAGGCCGGAGCUUGGCCGAUGGAUAUGACGAGCACGAAUCGAUAAUACGAUCGUGGCUCUCUCUUGCCCCCCCCUUGUAUGGCCCUAGAGACGGACAGAAAAAUUCUCGCAAGGCGCCAACCCCGAGGCUUGACAUCGUGUAUGUCAUGUUACGGAGCCUCACCAGGCCUUGAGAAGGGAGGAUGAGGCGGGAGAAAGGGGAGAAGGCUAAGGAGUGAAAAACUAAGCUAGAGCAACUCCACCGAAGACAGCAGAGAGGUCCCGCCACUCUCAGAGAGAUUCAGCGGGUAAGGACCGAUAAGAAGCGGUCGGUCAAGGCCCGGGUCCACCGAAAGGGCAUGAAAUUUCAUCGUCACCACUCGGCCAAAUGUCGG